GAUUAUUCAUUCAACAAGUAUUCCUCAAGCCCCUAUGGUAUGCUGGGCACUGUGUAGAGCAUUAAAGGUAUGUACACUGAUGGUAUGUUCCUGUCCUCUGGGAGCUUACAGUCUAGUGGAUGGAUGAAGGGCAGAUGCAGGACAGCAGGUGGUGUGUUUUCUGCUCUGAAGCACAGUGUGGUGGAGCUGGAAGAGUGGCUCGGGGAACAGACUGCAUGGGAUCCAGUCCGCACUGUGGACAUUUCCACUAAGGAAUUACUAAGAAGUGGCCACUUCUUAUCUGUCAUACUUAAUUCAGUAAUUCCUUAGUUUUCUCUAAAAUGGAGAUCAAGAUUUACUGCCGCCAUCCCACGACCGGAAGGACUCCUCAUGCUCUCUGCAGCAUGGUGCUUCUGUCGCUUACAGAACAAUUUGCCUUUGAUGAUUUUCAAGAGAGUUGUGCUGUGAGGUGGCAAAAGUAUCCAGGAAGCAGGAUGCCAUUGCCUCAAGGAAAAAAUGGUCCUUUUCGGCAAUGUGUUCAGUACUGGUAUGGUUCAGGCUUGGCCCUUGUGUAUUACCUCAUACAAAAGACUUUUCCAGGGCUUCGUGUUACCAGUUGGCAUUGGAGCAGGUGCAUCCCAAGGCACAGGGUGCUCUGGUCCCUAUUCUCGACAUUCACUGUCUCAAACGCACCAACAAGCACAACUUCGUGGACAUUGCUGAUGCCAAGUUGAAGAUUCCUAGCUCUGGAUCCAAGUCAGAGAGCCGUCUCCACAUCAGCUCAUCCAGAAGUGCACCCUUCAGAGGUGGCACCUUGAUGAGGUCUUCCUGGAGCCCAAGGAUUGCCAGCAGAUUCCUGUGCUCAAGUUCAGUGGGGAGAAUGGUGAAGAAGUGAAAAAGAAGUAGAGACGAUCCAAAAGACCCAGCCUGCUUCUAGUCUGGCCUUCCCUCAUCUCCACCAUGUGCCCACCAGGGGUGAUGGCUCGUCUGAGUGACAGACACUCCCUUAAGCCAGUUUUCCGGCCACCAGUGGGAUGAUUGUACAUGCUGGCAUAUGGUGUGUUUUGAUUGUGGUGCCAAAAAUCCCAGCUGGGCGAGCGUAACCUAUGGAGUGUUCCUUUGCAUUGAUUGCUCCGGGUCCCACCGGUCACUUGGUGUUCACUUGAGUUUUAUUCGAUCUACAGAGUUGGAUUCUAACUGGUCAUGGUUUCAGUUGCGAUGCAUGCAAGUUGGAGGAAACGCUAAUGCAUCUUCCUUUUUUCAUCAACAUGGGUGUUCCACCAGUGACACCAAUGCCAAGUAUAACAGUCGCGCUGCUCAGCUUUACAGGGAGAGAAUCAAAUCGCUUGCCUCUCAAGCAACACGGAAGCAUGGCACUGAUCUGUGGCUUGAUAGUUGUGUGGUUCCACCUUUGUCCCCUCCACCAAAGGAGGAAGAUUUUUUUGCCUCUCACGUUUCUCCUGAGUUGAGUGACACAGCGUGGGCAUCAGCAAUAGCAGAACCAUCUUCUUUAACAUCAAGGCCUGUGGAAACCACUUUGGAAAAUAAUGAAGGUGGACAAGAGCAAGGACCAAGUGUGGAAGGUCUUAAUGUACCAUCAAAGGCUGCUUUAGAGGUUUCCUCUAUCAUAAAAAAGAAACCAAAUCAAGCUAAAAAAGGCCUUGGGGCCAAAAAAGGAAGUUUGGGAGCUCAGAAACUGGCAAAUACAUGCUUUAAUGAAAUUGAAAAACAAGCUCAAGCUGCAGAUAAAAGGAAGGAGCAGGAAGACCUGGCCAAGGCGGCACCUAAAGAAGAAUCAGUUGUUUCAUCAUUACGAUUAGCCUAUAAGGAUCUUGAAAUUCAAAUGAAGAAAGAUGAAAAGUUGAACAUUAGUGGCAAAAAAAAUGUUGACUCAGACAGACUCGGCAUGGGAUUUGGAAAUUGCAGAAGUGGUAUUUCACAUUCAGUGACUUCAGAUAUGCAGACCAUAGAACAGGAAUCACCCAUCAUGGCAAAACCAAGAAAAAAGUAUAACGAUGACAGUGACGAUUCAUAUUUUACUUCCAGCUCAAGGUACUUCGACGAGGCAGUGGAGUUAAGGAGCAGUUCUUUCUCUAGCUGGGAUGACAGUUCAGAUUCCUACUGGAAAAAAGAGACCAGCAAAGAUACUGAAACCAUUCUGAAAACCACAGGCUAUUCAGACAGACCUACUGCUCGCCGCAAGCCAGAUUAUGAGCCAGUUGAAAAUACAGAUGAGGCCCAGAAGAAGUUUGGCAAUGUCAAGGCCAUUUCAUCAGAUAUGUACUUUGGAAGACAAGCCCAGGCUGAUUAUGAGACCAGGGCCCGCCUAGAGAGGCUGUCGGCGAGUUCCUCCAUAAGCUCGGCUGAUCUGUUUGAGGAGCAGAGGAAGCAGGCAGCAGGGAACUACAGCCUGUCCAACGUGCUGCCCAGCGCCCCCGACAUGGCGCAAUUCAAGCAGGGAGUGAGGUCCGUUGCUGGAAAACUCUCCGUCUUUGCUAAUGGAGUCGUGACUUCAAUUCAGGAUCGCUAUGGUUCUUAAUACUGAAGUAAUGAUGUGUAUUUCCUGGAGAAAUUCCUCUGUAAACGAACCAGUGACCACACAACAGGCGGCAGUGAAGACCGGAUAGUUUUGCGGAUUAUUUUGCUACUUUUUCAUAUGGUAUAUGUUUCUGAUUUUUAAUAUUUCUUUUGAGAAAUUCUGAGUUCUGAUGUAGUAGGAGCUUUACUGUGAUUUCUGUUUCGUGUUCCUUCCUUCCACAUCCUCCUUUGGUGUCUCCAUGUAUAUCCUUGCUUUAUUUUCUUGGAACCUUUGGUUUCAACACUGAGGGCCUGGAGACAUCGGCUCCUCCUGCUCCUGAACCAGGAGCCUUCAUGUCGGGGAGGAGGAGAGGUCUCCAUGUGACACAUGGCUCAGGGCUGCCAGAAUCAGCAGAUGCCGGGUGGACCUGCAGAAACAACACUCACCACACACAUGUCCUUCAAAAGACCAAAAGUUGCUUCAUUUAUGUUUCUGCAUAGUAAGGUGACUGCCAAAUAAUAUUUGAAGUCAUCUGUCGCUUUGUAAAUUAUUUUCUGUGACCUAUAAAUUUAAAAAUAUUUUUCAGUGAGUGCUUUUAACAAAUGUAAGCUUCUGCCUUGCCAAGGGGAUUCAUGUGAUCUUGUAAAAGGUGUUGCUGUUUGAAUUGAUGAGAAAUGGAAGAGAACUCCCUGAGGGUGUGUAUACAUGGAUGUGGUGUACAGAAUUAACAUGGAGUGAGGCAAGAAGAUACAGCUACAGAGAAUAGUUCCAUGUAUGGGAGAACAGUCAUUGUAAUUGGGUAGUUUUGUUAAUAUUUUUAAACCUUGCUUUUCAAAAAUUACAGAAUGUGUAUAAACGAAUAAAGAAAAAUAAUUUAGCUGUGUUUUAGACAGCAUUAGAAUAUAUUGUUCAGCACAGUAAAAUAUAUUUGAAAUCUGAUAAGCCAAAAAUGUGGUUUUGAAUGAAUAUUUUGUGAAUCUUUCUUAAAAGCUCAAAUUUGUAGACUUCUAAAUAGAAUAAACACUUGCAGC